AAUUUAUUAAUUUUGCAGGCGGGGUCCUGGUUGAGAUCGAGAUUCCUUUGAUCUGCAGAGUGUAAAAAUGGAUUCCUUUGGUUUUGUUAUCCUUACUGGCCUUUGCACUGCUAUUCUGCACAUGUAUCUUGCUGUUAACGUUGGAAGGGCAAGAAGGAAGCAUGGAGUACCACUGCCAGACCAGUACAGUGACACUAAGAAAGAGUUCAACUGCUACCAAAGAGCCUACAUGAACACUGUUGAAAAUAUACCCAUCUUUCUUAUGCUCCUUUUUGCUGCUGGCAACAAGUUUCCACUGAUUAGUGCUGGAGCAGGCAUGAUCUGGAUAGCUGGUAGGGUUUUGUAUGCUCAUGGAUACUACACUGGCGAUCCUGAGAAACGUAUGAGAGGAGCCAUUUCAUACAUAGGCCUCUUGACACUGCUAGUCUGCACCUUGCUGAAUGCUGUAACAAGGAUUGGGUUUCUUUCUAACUUUUUUGAUUGGUUAGAUAGUUACAUAACUUUAAUUGUAAGUGAACAAUUCAAGAUGGGUGGAAAGCUUAGUUUGCCAAAGGGAGACCCUUUUGGAUAUGUGAUCCUCACCGGAGCCUGUAGUGUGGUUCUUCAUGCUUAUCUCUCUGUUAAAGUUGGAAUGGCUAGAAGGAAGCACAAGAUCCCACUCCCGGAUCAGUACAGUGCUGACUGUGUAGAGUUUAACUGCUACCAGAGAGCUUACAUGAACAUGGUUGAAAUGUAUCCUGUUUUUUUGUUUGUUUUAUUUGCUGGAGGAGACAAAUAUCCUAGGGUAAGUGCAGCAGCAGGCAUGGUGUGGAUAGCAGGCAGGAUAGCCUAUGCUCAUGGAUAUUACACUGGAGAUCCAAGUAAACGUAAUCUUGGUGGGUUUGGAGUGUUUGGUUUACUUACUCUACUUGGAUGCACUGUGGCUAAUGGAGUCAGUCGUUUAGGCAUUACUUCAUGUUGAGAAGAGUAAAACAAAGCAUAUAUGCAUUUUCGGUGCUAUAGCUAGCCUUCAUUUAUUUAGGACUAUACAAAAACUAUUAUUUGUAGAAAAAAAGUUAUAUAUUUAGUUUCCCUUUAAAAACAA